AUGCAUAUUCAGUCCAUUCCCAUGUGGGUCGGCACGGGCGACAACUAUGCCUACCUGCUUAUCGAUGACAAAUCCAAAGAUGCGGUCAUCAUCGACCCGGCGAGCCCAGAAGAGGUUGUGCCGGUGCUCAAGGAAGCCAUCAAGGCUGGCAAGAUCAACCUGACGGCUAUUGUCAACACGCACCACCACCGGGACCAUUCUGGAGGAAAUGUCAGCGUGCGCAACCAACUCGGCCUCUCCGACCUGCCCAUCAUCGGCGGUAGGGACUGCGCGGCCGUGAGCCGCAUCCCGCCGGAUGGUGAAGUGUUUCAGCUCGGCAGCAUCGCUAUCAAGAGCAUCUAUACGCCGUGCCACACCCAGGACAGCAUCUGCUGGUUCGUACAGGACGGCGACGACAAGGUCGUCUUCACGGGCGACACGCUAUUCCACGGAGGCUGCGGCCGCUUCUUCGAGGGCACCGGCCCGGAGAUGCAAAAGGCUUUGAACGUGACGCUGGCUGCGCUGCCGGAUGACACGCGCGUCUUUCCCGGUCACGAAUACACAAAGGCAAACGCACAGUUCGGCUUGUCCGUCCUUCCCAGCCCGGCCGUCAAGAAGCUGCUGGAUUUUUCUAUUGCCAACACCGAGACCCAAGGCCACUUCACCAUUGCUGACGAGAAGGCUCACAACGUCUUUAUGCGUGUUGAUGACCCCAUCAUCCAAAAGGCAACCGGCGAGACCGACCCCAGUGCUGUCAUGACAAAGCUCAGAGAGUUGAAGAACAAUUUUCGGUAA